CAUUCGAUAGGGAUGUAACGUAUACUCCCGUCGGUGUAUCGAGCGACUUAUUUGCACACGAGGCGGGUAUGUACAUGUGGCGGACCAUCUCGUUCGAUAGAAUGGGUUGGGAGAAACUUCUGACUCCUUAUAGGGAUGCCAUCAUGAACCACCUAAAGGAGAACUUCAAUUUCGAUGAAGUUGAACAGGAUUUGGACGCUCAUAACAUGCAAGGCGGCAUUAGACAUGUGCUUAUGAAGCGGUACUCCGGCCGCAAGAACGACGCUAAGAAAGAAUUUCUUACUAAUGGAGGUUUUGACGAUGUCGAAAGAGCAAGGGCAUACCACCCCAAGGAUAUGCCUUAUGAAAACUGGCUGAAAACCGUUGAUCACUUCUUGGACCCAAUUAAUAUUGCAAGAUGUGAGGCAAACACAAUAGUCCGCCAACGUCAACAAUUCCCAAACCAUGGGGGUGCAACGUCAUACAGUAGCACCGCCUACAAACAUGGUUUGAAACGUCUUGAUACGUACCGCAAAACUCACACCGAUAAAGAUGGGAAUUUUGUUGACCCGGUAGCCGAGCAGAAUUAUGUAAGUAUCCAUCUUCGUAAAAUACAACUUAAUUUAGAAUGCGAGAUUAUGUGCGGAGAAAGCGGCGGUUCUCAACCGCCGAAUGAGGCUGUCGUGUUUCAAAUCGUGUUUGGUGAUCGACGAGGAUGGUUCCGGGGGCUUGGGCAUAAACCUUCGAAUAUGCCAUCGAACCCGUUUGGUGCGCAACCUCAAACCCCACAACCCCUUUCGGAGGAAUAUGUUUCGAGUUUGUUCCAAACUCCGGCAUUCGUAAACCAACUUGAAUCCUAUCUUGCGGCAAGGGGAAAGCAAGCCACAACCGAUGAUGACUAUGACGAUGCCGACCUUUUUGACAAGGAUGAUGAGGACGACGAUGAGUAAUUAGUAUUAUCUACUUGUAGUUUUCGAAUGUUAUUUUUCGGAUAUUUUAGGAUGUUAUUGUAAGGAUACGUUUUAUGCGAUUUUAGUAUGUAUAGUAUUAUGUUUGUUUAGUU